AAAUUUUCACUUUCUGAGGUUUUUUUAACGUUAAAAUGAGUUCCUCUGACCUUCUUAAGUCACCCCAGUGGCUAGAAAUUUCAUAAUGUGUAAACCAAACUAUGCCCAACAUUUGAGAAUGGCGCGUCAAAACGGCGCGUUGAUAAACUCUUCCCUUUACUACGUCAGCAAGGGAGAUGAUCCCCCCCCCCGGAUUCCCACCCACUGUAUGGAUUGCCCACCCAGUUGUAGUGAGGAGACCAUAGAGGGAGGACACAACAACAUGGCAUCACCUAAGCGAGCGAAACAUGGAAAUUGCGCUGUACAUGGAUGUGACAACACAGAAAAGAGUCUGUUUUUACUACUGACGGGAGAGACCCUGAAGACGCAGUGGCUUAAUUUUAUUUACUUCAAUAAUAUGCCGUCGAGUCUACCUAAGACGGUGUAUGUUUGUCGGAAGCAUUUUCCUGAGGAAUGUUUCCACAACUUGGGACAGUACAGGGCAGGUUUUGCACAUCAACUGUCACUGAAGCCUGGGUCCGUACCAAGAAUCCCUGCCGCAUCAGCCACAAACACCGAACAAGCAAAGGAUCACAUACUGUUCAUUUUGCAGACUCUAAAGAGUGUCAUGAGGAUCUACAGAAGAAAAUAUAAGAAGAUGGACUGUAACCAACAUAAACUGCAGAUCUUCCUGCUUGAUGUGGAUCGUCAGAUCUUGGAGCUGGAGCAAUGUGCAACAUAUAUAGUUGCAGGUGAAGUGCAUAAGAGAGUGUUCAUGGAGAUGGAAAUUCACUUCAGAAGUCUGAUGUCUCACCUUAAAAAUACAAAGUACAGCGCACAGAGCUGCAAUGAUGUUGCAGAAGUGACAUUGAGACAUCUGAGAAGACUUGACUUACUGGCCGCCAAAACGAAAACUGACUCUGAGUUCAUCUGAAUCCGUCUGAGAUGGUGCUGAAGAACUGGUUCAAAAAAACUUUAAUCGACUGAAUUGUGUAUCAUAAGUUUGUAAAUAGGAAAAUAUAAAUAUGAAUUAUCUUGCAUAUACUUGUACAUGCUAGUUUUUUUUUAAAAUAUUUAUUUCUUCAUGUACUGUGUUGUCUAUGUGGACCUGAAUAAAGUUCAUAUAUAUAUAAAUUACACACACACACACACACACACACACACACACACACACACACACACACACACACACACAAGAAAUUCAUGAUUAUCAUGUAAUCUUUAUUUCUUCAGAUAAAGACACAUAUCUUAAGUUACAAACAUUAAACAACUAAAAGCAUUA